AUGGAGAAAAAGAGAGAGAUAUUAAAGCAUCUCAGUCUGAAGACUCCAAACUCACCACCUACCACUGAUAACUCCAUCCCUUCUUCUUACAUCCCCACCACUCACAAAUAUCAGUUUUUUCCAUGUCCCUCUACCAUUUUACACAGGACAAGGAAUGUUGAAGGGGUUUCAAAGAUCUGGCAUUUCAAGGUUGCUCUUUUGAGUUCCAUCACACAGAGAAUGGCCUCCGAUCUGAAAGCAGAGUUAUCCAAGGAAGCUUUCUUUAAUCUGAAGGUCUGGGAAGUAAUUGGAAUAGCUGUUGCAUUAUUUAUCAUAAUUAUCCUCUCUGUGCUAUCAAUGUGCCUUACUUCACGUAAGAAAUCAAGGAAAGCUAGGGACAAGAUUCCCCUUAGUCAAAUCCCAACUGUCUCAAAAGAAAUUAAGGAAGUUCGAGUGGAACAAGUAUCUGCAAGUGAAUUUGCUCCUCGUGAUGGAAUUCUUCUCACCAUUCACGACAAAUCCAGUGACAAAGAAUCAGAUAAGAUCAUGCUCCAUUUGGGUAUGGGCAAAUCGAAGAAUGGAGAGAAUAGCAGCCAGUCAGGUUCAUUUAAUCAAUUAGAAAACGAUGGUGGCCUGUACCAAUCUGGAGAAGAAGGGAGUUCCAGCACUGUUACAGUGUAUAAGGCUUCUUCAUCGUAUCCAAUAACUGCCCCGUCUCCUCUAGUUGGCCUGCCUGAAUUCUCUCACUUGGGUUGGGGCCACUGGUUUACAUUGAGGGACCUUGAGCUUGCAACAAAUCGGUUUUCAAAGGAAAAUGUCCUUGGUGAGGGCGGAUAUGGAGUUGUUUACAGGGGAAAUCUCAUCAAUGGGACUCCAGUGGCAGUUAAAAAGAUCCUAAACAACCUAGGCCAAGCAGAGAAAGAAUUUAGGGUGGAAGUUGAAGCAAUUGGCCAUGUGCGCCACAAGAAUUUGGUUCGUCUACUGGGAUACUGCGUCGAAGGGACUCAUAGGAUUUUGGUCUAUGAGUAUGUCAACAAUGGAAACUUGGAGCAAUGGCUUCAUGGAGCAAUGCGUCAGCAUGGAUAUCUCACUUGGGAAGCACGCAUAAAGGUUCUCCUUGGAACUGCAAAAGCUCUUGCCUAUUUGCAUGAGGCCAUUGAACCAAAAGUUGUACACCGAGACAUUAAAUCUAGCAACAUAUUGAUUGAUGAAGACUUCAAUGCCAAGGUAUCUGAUUUUGGCCUGGCCAAGCUGCUGGGUGCGGGGACAAGUCAUGUGACAACUCGCGUUAUGGGAACCUUUGGAUAUGUCGCCCCUGAAUAUGCUAAUACCGGACUUUUGAAUGAGAAGAGCGAUGUGUAUAGCUUCGGGGUUUUGCUCUUGGAAGCAAUUACUGGAAGAGACCCUGUGGACUAUGGUCGCCCUGCACAUGAGGUAAAUCUGGUCGAUUGGCUAAAAAUGAUGGUUGGAAGCAGAAGGUCUGAAGAAGUCGUAGACCCAAACAUUGAGGUGAGACCAUCAACAAGAGCCCUAAAACGAGCUCUCUUGACUGCUUUGAGGUGUGUUGAUCCAGAUUCUGAAAAAAGACCCAAGAUGGGCCAAGUUGUCCGUAUGCUCGAGUCCGAGGAAUAUCCCAUACCAAGAGAGGAUCGAAGACACCGAAGAACUGAAGCAGGCAGCAUGGACAUUGAUUCCCAGAGGGAAAAUUCAGAUACUGAUCGGAGUGAUUAUCCAGGUUCAAGAUCAGAAAGCAAAGGCUAUCAGCGGACGUAA